UGUGAGUCCGCCCCCGCCCGCCACACCCCUCCCUGCACACACCAGAUUUCCCGUCUCCAGGCACUUGCCAGGGAAGAUGGUGUCAAUCACAGACUUCCAGAAGAUCGGCGUGGGUCUUGUGGGCUUUGGCCUAUUUUUCAUCCUUUUUGGGGUGCUCUUGUACUUCGACUCGGUGCUGCUGGCCUUUGGAAACAUCCUGUUCCUUUCUGGCCUGGCCAUUAUCAUUGGCCUGCAAAGGACUUUCCGCUUCUUCUUCCAGAAGGAGAAGCUAAAGGGCACCAGCUUCUUCCUGGGAGGCAUUCUCAUUGUGCUCCUGAGAUGGCCUCUUCUGGGCAUGUUGCUGGAGACCUACGGCUUCAUCGCUCUUUUCAGGAAUUUUUUCCCAGUCGUCUUUGGAUUUCUAGGAACGGUGGGAAAUAUUCCACUACUGAGCAAGCUAUUCCAGAAACUAGGAGACACCAGCUCCCUGGUGUGACCUGGAAGAGUUGCCGACAGGACGUGGAGAUAGUCACCUGCUGUAAGCCCCUGGAUUGCUGGCCAGCUGGCUCUUAUUGCACAGACAGUAACUUGCCAUCACUCCAAGCCAAGAACCACUGGACUGGACACGCUCAUUGUUAUGUGACAGACACAGCUUGGAGCUAAGAGAUCCUGCUACUGAUUAACCCAGAAAGCGUUGCUAUCCAAUUGCUCCCAAUCAAAUAGACAUAACGGGUAUUCCCACCCUCUCAUGAGCUACGCUGGAAUGAAGGAGUCUCCCAAACUA